AUGACAACCACCGACCAGGCCAGGGCCGCUCUCCUCGCCGAGCGCGCGCGGGAACGCCAUGUCUUCUCCUACUAUCCGCCCUCUCUGCGCCUCCCAGAUCUGCGCCCAUCGCUGGACGCCGCCGCCGAUCGCCUGCUGGCCCCCGAACUGGACCCUCGCCCGUCCAGCGAUGCCGCUCUCUCCGCCUUCGCCCAGCUCGGUGUCCAUCGCCUCAACGCAAAGCGCGCCUUCAUCUCUCUGAUCGACAGCCAGUCGCAGUUUGUGCUUGCCGAGGCCACCAAGACCGUUCCCUUGGGCAACCCGUCUGUCCGCCGUGCGCCCGACCCCCUCUGGCUGGGCUGCGCCAUCAUCCCUCGUGCUUUCGGUGCUUGCCAGUGCGCUCUGGCAACCGAUGCCCUGGUCAUCGAGGACACGCAGCUGGAUUCCCGCUUUACUGACCUUCCCUUCGCCACUACCGCUCCUGAUUUUCGCUUCUAUGCGGGCGUGCCGCUGAAGAGCCCCCAAGGCCCCGCCAUUGGUGUCUAUUGCAUCAUUGACGACGCCCCGCGACAUGGCCUUGGAGACCAUGAGCUGCUUUUCAUGCAGGACAUGGCUGCCACUGUUGUGUCCUACCUCAGUGCUGCUCGCGCUCAGGAUACCAAUCGCAAGGCAGAGCAGAUGAUCCGCGGCCUAAAUUCCUUUGUGACCGGUGCGGCCGACCUUCAGGCCAGCCAGGACCUCGAUGUUCCACAAAGUCCCGUCUCUGGCUCGCCCAACAGUACAUCGCACCAUUCACCUCACAAGGCCGCCGAAUCUCCUGCGGAUGCAUCGCAGGAAGACGAGGGCCCCGCCGACACGUCCUUCUCGCACGACGACCUCCUCUCACCCGGCACCAAACGCAUGUUUGCUCGCGCUGCUCACAUCAUGCGACAGUCCAGCGACCUCGACGGCGUCAUUUUCUUUGAUGCUUCAAUGGCUAACGCAGAGGCCCCACCCUCGCCCACAACCGAUGAGAGCGGCGAUGAUGCUGCCUCCAACAGCCCGGCCAUCAUUGUAGAGGAGUCGUCUGGAUCUACCGCCUCAUCUUACGGACUUUCUCGCCAGUCUACUUGCAGGAUACUUGGCUUUGCUGAUGCAGCUCGCUCAAGCAGACACGGCUCUAUAGCCAGGAAGGAUUACCUGCGCUUGACAGAAGAUUCUCUCCGCCGACUGCUGAAAAGGCACCCGAACGGCAAGAUCUUCAACAUGGAGAGGCAAGCAGCCGACAAUACGCCAAUGAGACACACCAGUAAAGGGCAGAUGCGCCGUAGUACCGCCGUCGAGGCCAUCAUGGACGUUGCCUACAAUGCUCGCAGUGCCGCCAUCAUACCGCUGUGGGAUUACGAACGCCAGCGGUGGUUUGCUGGAUGCCUUUGCUGGACCUCGGAUCCAAACAGGCAGCUGUCUCAUGGUUCCGAUCUGCUCUACCUACGCGCCUUUGGCAACAGCAUCAUGACUGAGCUUGGCCGGAUCGACACUGUUGCUGUGGAUAAAGCCAAGACGUCCUUCAUCGAAUCAAUGUCCCACGAGCUUCGCUCUCCGCUCCACGGUAUCCUCGGUGGCGUAGAGUAUCUGCUGGACAUGCGCCUGGAUGUCUUUCAAACCAGCAUCGUCAAUUCCAUCUCCAUGUGCGGUCGAACACUUCUCGAUACCGUCGAGAACGUGCUCGAGUACUCCAAAAUUAACGAGUACGCAGGUGGGCGCUGGAGGCACCCGCGAGCUCCGCUCCCUGCAUUCAACUCGAAUCCGCCAACCAAUAUUCGCAACCUUACUGAGGAGACAGUUGAGGCCGUGUUUGCUGGACAGUCGUACAACAUUGCAUCACGGCAAUCCGCUAUCGAGGACGACUCCUUCCUUUCAAACACUACCAGCCCCACAUCACCAAGAACAGAGCGACCUUUACGAAAGGCUGUGCGUGUCAUCUUUGAUCUUCCAGCCGGUCCUUGCUGGACCUUUGCAGUACAACCCGGAAUCUGGCGGCGCAUCCUUAUGAACGUAUUCGGCAAUGCCCUGAGAUUUACCGACGCUGGAUUUGUGCGAGUAUCACUGUCCGCCACCGACCUAAAUGAAAGUUUGAGCAGGGUCACCUUGACUGUUGCCGACUCUGGCUCCGGCAUGUCAUUACAGUAUCUCCAAGAUGGUCUAUUCAAAGCAUUCUCGCAGGAAAAUUCUUUCUCAAGCGGCACCGGCCUUGGCAUGAGCAUCGUGCAGCGCCUUGUACGCAGCAUUGGUGGAGACAUAUCAGUACAGAGCAAGGUUGGUGGCGGCACCGUCGUCAAGAUCCACAUGAACCUUUACAAAUGUGAAGAAAUGGUUGACGACUUCGCCUCAGCAGUUGCAGCUCAGACAGCCGGUAUGCACAUUGCGGUCGCGAGGACCAUCGUCCCUGAAGACGACGAAACCCACAAGCUCUCGUGCGAUACCGAAGUCCAAUUUCAUGCAUCCCUGACCGAGACCCUGCAAACAUGGUUCGGCAUCAAAAUCACAACCCUGGAUGACUUGAACACGGACGGCAGUCAGUUGGUAAUGUAUCCUUCGCCCAGCUUCAACUCAAUGUUCAAAAUCAGAGCUCGACAAGGCGUUUCCAUAGUGGUGGCCAUGGACGGUUUGGAGGCUGCGACGUUGAGAGCAGAUCCGAGGGUUACAAACGGAUUGAUCGACGUCGUCACUCAGCCUUGCGGUCCUUCGAAACUCGCCAGAAUCCUUCAACGAUACCUAUCCCUUCUCGACUCGAAGUCAGACGCUCCAAUUCGGCCAGACAUCAUAGCCUCGCCGCGACCUAAUCCAGUGCCGUACGCCCCACUUGUUCGUGCGCCGCCUUCCCGUCGACGGUCCCCCAAGAUAAGAUUGGACACUUCUACAGCCCCCGGAAUUGCGCCAGCGGAGAUCAUACCAGAAAUCUAUCUUGCACCGGCGUCCGAACUCUGUGAUAGCCCUGUAGCAGACUUUCCAAAAGAAACUGCCCCGAUCUCCCCACCGCGACACCCACUUCCCUAUCGUCCUCUUCCCGAUCGACGAGAAGGCCGACCGAAGAAAGAAAAACCUUGUCCCCCCGUUUUGUCCACCUGUCCCUCCAAGGAAAUUCUCAUCGUCGACGACAAUCCGCUCAACAUCCGCCUACUCGCUGCUUUUCUGAACAAAGCCGGUUUUGUGCGUCACACGUCGGCAGCGAACGGGCUGGAGGCACUCGACUUGUUCAAACAGGACCCAACCCGCUGGGGAGCUGUGUUGAUGGACUUGAGUAUGCCCGUCAUGGAUGGAGUAACAGCGACGAAAGAAAUCCGAGCGUGGGAGAGAAAAGUUGCCCUAUUGGAAGGUGUGCAAGCCAUCGCCAGGACCGCUGGUGGCGACGAGAAGGGGGCCCCGCCGCUUGAUAGGAAUUCAAAAAGCAGCGAUUCGGGAGAGACGGUCAAGGACUUGAGGGAGGGCGAUGAGCCCAACCCUUCUCCGGUGGAAACCGAGUCUUCAGCGGAAACUGAGCUUUCGGCCGAGGACAGGGAGUCGGAGUUUGAAUGUGACCAGCACACAUCCUCUUCACACACUCCUCCUCGUCGCUCCAGCUCCCCUUCCAUGCCGAGCGGUCAACUCACGCCCGAUACGGUGUUCACCGAAGCAGAUGAGCAAAACCCGAUCGCCCAUGCGUCGGCGCCCUCUCAUCUACCAUCUCCACCCACUCCGAUGAAGGGUGACUCGAAGAAAACAAAGCCUUCUUCUUCACCAUCCCCCAGCAGUCCUAGCCAUGUCAAAAUCAUCGUCAUCACCGGCCUAGGCAGCGCCACGGCACGCUUCGAAGCCACGAAUGCUGGCGCCGACGUGUUCAUGACGAAGCCGAUACAAUUCGGGGGGUUGAUGAAGACCCUCAAGAGGCAGCUUGGGAGGCAGGAGGCUAAUAGGUCUUGA